CAUCGGAUUGUCAGGGGAACUGCCAUGGCAGAGCCCCCGUCCAUAUGUGGUCCGUUAAGAAUAACGUUACCACACAGAUGGAUGGUUGGCGCGCUCACAACACAUGCAUGAAUGAAUUGAGCUUGCCCAUAUGGACCUAGAUCCCCGCGUCAGUGAGGUACUCACAUGGCGGUCUCGAACUUGGACUCCCCUAGACUCCCAUUUCAUCGCUGCUAUCUCGAAUCCCAGAAGCUCACCGGCCUGAAAGUUUCAACUUCAGUCUUCAGCACACAAUGAAGACCAUCGCAUCCUGGGCACUCGCCCUUCUACUGGUUACCUCCACAUUGGCCGCAGAUGGAGACGAUGGCUACAUCGGCUACCGUCUCGAGCACCGCGGCGAUCCCGAGUCGGCCAUCUACGAAACGGCCAACACUCCGCCCGGCGCGGUUCUUCCGCAGGAGCCCGACGUCUACCUCAACGCAUCCGUCAGCGUCGGCCACAUCGGCAUCGAAGUGGACAACAUCACGGCCAAGAUCAACGUCGACGCGCAGGUGCUCAACCUGCUACGCUUCAACGCGGGCGUCGACGCGAGCAUCGACCGGGUAAAGCUGACCAUCGAGAACGUCAGCGCCAAAGUCGAGCUCGAGGCGCGGCUCGAGAACGUCGUGGCCAUGGUCGACGACGUGCUCAGCAGCAUCGACCUGAACCCGGCCAUCGCCACGCUCGGGAAGGUCAUCAACAACACUCUCGGGGAUGUCGGUGACAUCAUUGGCGACAACCCCCCCAGUUCCAGUUCCAGUCCCAGUCCCAGUCCCAGCGCCACCAGCACCGAUACUAGUAGUGAUGCAACCACAACAACAACAAUUGCAACUGCAGCAGGCAAACGGUCGGACCAGCAGCAGCAGCAACCGCGCGACUACAACCUCGAGCAUAACAUUCUGUACAGCAUCAACGACUACACGGGCGCCCGGCACACCAACCGCAUCCUCGCGCAGAACGGCGACAUCGUCGACGAGUACCUCGACAACGACGGCACCGAGACGCGCCCGCCGCGGGUGGUCGGCAGCUACGCGACCGACAUGUCCUUCACGGGCCACAACCGGACCGUCACCGUCGAGGGCGAGGCGGAGGAUGGGUCGAGUGUAGUAACUGAGUUUGAGCUGCAGUAUGUGUAUGCGCCGUUCCCGGGCAUCGAGGUCACCAGCUGGGUGUAUGUGUCGGCUGCGGAUGGGCGCGUGACUAGGACGCGGGUUAUCUCCGAGGCGUUUGGUGGCGGGACGAGCACGGUUAGUAAUGACGAGGAUGAGUGAAGCUAGUAAGGUGUCUAUGCUAUGUAUCUGUUCGUGAGAAAUGGUUCGGAUUUGUUAGAUGGGUGGUGCUCGUUUGAACUUGGAAAUAUUGGACACGUUAGCGCGAAGAGCCCUAUGCCGAAGGACGAGUUUGGAACAGCGGUUUCCCACACACCUUUCUCUCCGCGGGGUUGGGCCGAGCUGUUCUGAAUGAACCUUACUACCGUGUCUGUGCCCA